GACAACAUCAAUGCCACGCUAUCAGCCCAGCAAGGGCACAACGAGGAGGCGGCUGAAGCAUUGGAGAAAGCCAUACGAGCCCUCAUGGUCAACAAGCCUCUGCCAUCCCUAGCAGACGCUGCUGUCCGUGCUGCCUUCGUGCAUCUGCUGCUCCCCGCUCCCUCCAACCUCUCCUCCUCGUCCCCCUCCUUCUUCUCCCUCUCCUCCUCCAAUGAUUCACCGCCUCCUGUUUCCAACUCUCAAGCACCCAGUGCUUCCGCCACUGCUAACGAUCCCACUGACCCGACUGCUGCUAUUGGCCACACGGCUGCUUCGUCUAUUGCGAAUAGUGUCUCUGCUUCUGAGGAUAGAUUCUCCCCUGGGUUUUCUGUGGAUGAGCAUGCGGGGUGUGAGAGCUUCUGUGCGACCUGCAUUCGCCCACUCAACUGCUCCCUCGUGCCCUCCUUUCCCUGCUCCUGCUGCCGCCGGCCCGACACGCCUGCUAAUGUUGCUGCCUUGGAUGGAGAUUCGGAGGAUGGUGGUGAUGGUGGUGUUGGUGAUAGUAGUGGUGGUGGCAGAGUGCAGGGGGAGGGGGAGGAGUGGGGGAGGGGGGAGCGGGGGGGAGGGGGAGGAGGGGGAGAGGAGGGAGGAGAAAGGGAGGCGAGGAAACCGGCUUGUGUUGACGGCACGGCGGAGGGCCGAUGGGUAGUCGGCUCACUACUUGGGCGACCAGACCAGUCAACCCCUUAUUUUCUCUCCUCCCCUGUGCCUGUCUGCUCGCUUACCCUCCCUGCUCUCGCACUCCCCCCCUCUGCUCUCACACUCCCCCCUCUGCUCUCGCACUCCCCCCUCUGCUCUCGCACUCCUCCCCUCUGCUCUCGCACUCCUCUCCUCUGCUCUCGCACUCCUCCCCUCUGCUCUCGCACUCCUCCCCUCUGCUCUCGCACUCCCCCCCUCUGCUCUCGCACUCCCCCCUCUGCUCUCGCACUCCCCCCUCUGCUCUCGCACUCCUCCCCUCUGCUCUCGCACUCCUCCCCUCUGCUCUCGCACUCCUCCCCUCUGCUCUCGCACUCCCCCCUCUGCUCUCCCACUCCUCCCCUCUGCUCUCGCACUCCUCCUCUCUGCUCUCGCACUCCUCCUCUCUGCUCUCGGCUCCUCCUCUCUGCUCUCCCACUCCUCCCCUCUGCUCUCGCACUCCUCCUCUCUGCUCUCGCACUCCCCCCUCUGCUCUCCCACUCCCCCCCUCUGCUCUCGCACUCCUCCCCUCUGCUCUCGCACUCCCCCCUCUGCUCUCGCACUCCUCCCCUCUGCUCUCGCACUCCUCCCCUCUGCUCUCGCACUCCUCCCCUCUGCUCUCGCACUCCCCCCCUCUGCUCUCGCACUCCCCCCUCUGCUCUCCCACUCCUCCCCUCUGCUGUCGCACUCCUCCUCUCUGCUCUCGCACUCCUCCUCUCUGCUCUCGCACUCCUCCUCUCUGCUCUCCCACUCCUCCCCUCUGCUCUCGCACUCCUCAUCUCUGCUCUCGCACUCCCCCCUCUGCUCUCCCACUCCCCCCCUCUGCUCUCGCACUCCUCCCCUCUGCUCUCGCACUCCUCCCCUCUGCUCUCGCACUCCUCCCCUCUGCUCUCGCACUCCUCCCCUCUGCUCUCGCACUCCCCCCCUCUGCUCUCGCACUCCCCCCUCUGCUCUCGCACUCCCCCCUCUGCUCUCGCACUCCUCCCCUCUGCUCUCGCACUCCUCCCCUCUGCUCUCGCACUCCUCCCCUCUGCUCUCGCACUCCCCCCUCUGCUCUCCCACUCCUCCCCUCUGCUCUCGCACUCCUCCUCUCUGCUCUCGCACUCCUCCUCUCUGCUCUCGGCUCCUCCUCUCUGCUCUCCCACUCCUCCCCUCUGCUCUCGCACUCCUCCUCUCUGCUCUCGCGCUCCCCCCUCUGCUCUCCCACUCCCCCCCUCUGCUCUCGCACUCCCCCCUCUGCUCUCCCACUCCUCCCCUCUGCUCUCGCACUCCUCCCCUCUGCUCUCGCACUCCCCCCUCUGCUCUCGCACUCCUCCCCUCUGCUCUCGCACUCCUCCCCUCUGCUCUCGCACCCCUCCCCUCUGCUCUCGCACUCCCCCCUCUGCUCUCCCACUCCUCCCCUCUGCUCUCGCACUCCUCCUCUCUGCUCUCGCAUUCCUCCUCUCUGCUCUCGCACUCCUCCUCUCUGCUCUCCCACUCCUCCCCUCUGCUCUCGCACUCCUCCUCUCUGCUCUCGCACUCCCCCCUCUGCUCUCCCACUCCCCCCCUCUGCUCUCGCACUCCUCCCCUCUGCUCUCGCACUCCUCCCCUCUGCUCUCGCACUCCUCCCCUCUGCUCUCGCACUCCUCCCCUCUGCUCUCGCACUCCCCCCCUCUGCUCUCGCACUCCCCCCUCUGCUCUCCCACUCCUCCCCUCUGCUCUCGCACUCCUCCUCUCUGCUCUAGCACUCCUCCUCUCUGCUCUCGCACUCCUCCUCUCUGCUCUCCCACUCCUCCCCUCUGCUCUCGCACUCCUCCUCUCUGCUCUCGCACUCCCCCCUCUGCUCUCCCACUCCCCCCCUCUGCUCUCGCACUCCUCCCCUCUGCUCUCACACUCCUCCCCUCUGCUCUCGCACUCCUCCCCUCUGCUCUCGCACUCCUCCCCUCUGCUCUCGCACUCCCCCCUCUGCUCUCGCACUCCUCCUCUCUGCUCUCGCACUCCUCGUCUCUGCUCUCGCACUCCUCGUCUCUGCUCUCGCACUCCUCCUCUCUGCUCUCGCACUCCUCCUCUCUGCUCUCGCACUCCUCCUCUCUGCUCUCGCACUCCUCUCUGCUCUCGCACUCCUCCUCUCUGCUCUCGCACUCCUCCUCUCUGCUCUCGCACUCCUCCCCUCUGCUCUCGCACUCCUCUCUGCUCUCGCACUCCUCCUCUCUGCUCUCGCACUCCUCCUCUCUGCUCUCGCACUCCUCCCCUCUGCUCUCGCACUCCUCCCCUCUGCUCUCGCACUCCCCCCUCUGCUCUCCCACUCCUCCCCUCUGCUCUCGCACUCCUCCACUCUGCUCUCGCACUCCUCUCUGCUCUCCCACUCCUCCCCUCUGCUCUCGCACUCCUCCUCUUUGCUCUCGCACUCCCCCCUCUGCUCUCCCACUCCCCCCCUCUGCUCUCGCACUCCCCCCUCUGCUCUCCCACUCCUCCCCUCUGCUCUCCCACUCCUCCCCUCUGCUCUCGCACUCCCCCCUCUGCUCUCGCACUCCUCCCCUCUGCUCUCGCACUCCUCCCCUCUGCUCUCGCACCCCUCCCCUCUGCUCUCGCACUCCCCCCUCUGCUCUCCCACUCCUCCCCUCUGCUCUCGCACUCCUCUCUGCUCUCGCAUUCCUCCUCUCUGCUCUCGCACUCCUCCUCUCUGCUCUCCCACUCCUCCCCUCUGCUCUCGCACUCCUCCUCUCUGCUCUCGCACUCCCCCCUCUGCUCUCCCACUCCCCCCCUCUGCUCUCGCACUCCUCCCCUCUGCUCUCGCACUCCUCCCCUCUGCUCUCGCACUCCUCCCCUCUGCUCUCGCACUCCUCCCCUCUGCUCUCGCACUCCCCCCCUCUGCUCUCGCACUCCCCCCUCUGCUCUCCCACUCCUCCCCUCUGCUCUCGCACUCCUCCUCUCUGCUCUAGCACUCCUCCUCUCUGCUCUAGCACUCCUCCUCUCUGCUCUCCCACUCCUCCCCUCUGCUCUCGCACUCCCCCCUCUGCUCUCCCACUCCCCCCCUCUGCUCUCGCACUCCUCCCCUCUGCUCUCACACUCCUCCCCUCUGCUCCCGCACUCCUCCCCUCUGCUCUCGCACUCCUCCCCUCUGCUCUCGCAUGCCCCCCCUCGGCUCUCGCACUCCCCCCUCUGCUCUCGCACUCCCCCCUCUGCUCUCGCACUCCUCCUCUCUGCUCUCGCACUCCUCAUCUCUGCUCUCGCACUCCUCGUCUCUGCUCUCGCACUCCUCGUCUCUGCUCUCGCACUCCUCCUCUCUGCUCUCGCACUCCUCCUCUCUGCUCUCGCACUCCUCUCUGCUCUCGCACUCCUCCUCUCUGCUCUCGCACUCCUCCCACUCUGCUCUCGCACUCUUCCUCUCUGCUCUCCCACUCCUCCCCUCUGCUCUCGCACUCCUCCUCUCUGCUCUCGCACUCCCCCCUCUGCUCUCCCACUCCCCCCCUCUGCUCUCGCACUCCUCCCCUCUGCUCUCGCACUCCUCCCCUCUGCUCUCGCACUCCUCCCCUCUGCUCUCGCACUCCCCCCUCUGCUCUCCCACUCCUCCCGUCUGCUCUCGCACUCCUCCUCUCUGUUCUCGCACUCCUCCUCUCUGCUCUCGCACUCCUCCUCUCUGCUCUCCCACUCCUCCCCUCUGCUCUCGCACUCCUCCUCUCUGCUCUCGCACUCCUCCUCUCUGCUCUCGCACUCCUCCCGUCUGCUCUCGCACUCCUCCUCUCUGUUCUCGCACUCCUCCUCUCUGCUCUCGCACUCCUCCCCUCUGCUCUCGCACUCCUCCCCUCUGCUCUCGCACUCCUCCCCUCUGCUCUCGCACUCCCCCCUCUGCUCUCCCACUCCUCCCGUCUGCUCUCGCACUCCUCCUCUCUGUUCUCGCACUCCUCCUCUCUGCUCUCGCACUCCUCCUCUCUGCUCUCCCACUCCUCCCCUCUGCUCUCGCACUCCUCCUCUCUGCUCUCGCACUCCUCCUCUCUGCUCUCCCACUCCUCCCCUCUGCUCUCCCACUCCUCCUCUUUGCUCUCGCACUCCCCCCUCUGCUCUCCCACUCCCCCCCUCUGCUCUCGCACUCCCCCCUCUGCUCUCCCACUCCUCCCCUCUGCUCUCCCACUCCUCCCCUCUGCUCUCGCACUCCUCCCCUCUGCUCUCGCACUCCCCCCUCUGCUCUCGCACUCCCCCCUCUGCUCUCGCACUCCUCCCCUCUGCUCUCCCACUCCUCCCCUCUGCUCUCGCACUCCCCCCUCUGCUCUCGCACUCCCCCCUCUGCUCUCGCACUCCUCCCCUCUGCUCUCGCACUCCUCCCCUCUGCUCUCGCACUCCUCCCCUCUGCUCUCGCACUCCUCCCCUCUGCUCUCGCACUCCUCCCCUCUGCUCUCGCACUCCUCCCCUCUGCUCUCGCACUCCUCCCCUCUGCUCUCGCACUCCUCCCCUCUGCUCUCGCACUCCCCCCUCUGCUCUCCCACUCCUCCCCUCUGCUCUCGCACAACUCCUCUCUACUCUCGCACUCCUCCUCUCUGCUCUCGCACUCCUCCUCUCUGCUCUCCCACUCCUCCCCUCUGCUUUCGCACUCCUCCCCUCUGCUCUCGCACUCCCCCCUCUGCUCUCCCACUCCUCCCCUCUGCUCUCGCACUCCUCCUCUCUGCUCUUGCACUCCUCCUCUCUGCUCUGGCACUCCUCCUCUCUGCUCUCCCACUCCUCCCGUCUGCUCUCCCACUCCCCCCCUCUGCUCUCGCACUCCCCCCUCUGCUCUCCCACUCCUCCCCUCUUCUCUCCCACUCCCCCCCUCUGCUCUCGCACUCCCCCCCUCUGCUCUCCCACUCCCCCCCUCUGCUCUCGCAUUCCCCCCUCUGCUCUUCCACUCCUCCCCUCUGCUCUCCCACUCCUCCCCUCUGCUCUCGCACUCCCCCCCUCUGCUCUCGCACUCCCCCCUCUGCUCUCGCACUCCUCCCCUCUGCUCUCGCACUCCUCCCCUCUGCUCUCGCACUCCCCCCUCUGCUCUCGCACUCCUCCCCUCUGCUCUCGCACUCCUCCCCUCUGCUCUCGCACUCCUCCCCUCCGCUCUCGCACUCCCCCCUCUGCUCUCCCACUCCUCCCCUCUGCUCUCGCACUCCUCCUCUCUGCUCUCGCACUCCUCCUCUCUGCUCUCGCACUCCUCCUCUCUGCUCUCCCACUCCUCCCCUCUGCUCUCGCGCUCCUCCCCUCUGCUCUCGCACUCCUCCCCUCUGCUCUCGCACUCCUCCCCUCUGCUCUCGCACUCCUCCCCUCUGCUCUCGCACUCGUCCCCUCUGCUCUCGCACUCCCCCCUCUGCUCGCCCACUCCUCCCCUCUGCUCUCGCACUCCUCCUCUCUGCUCUCGCACUCCCCCCUCUGCUCUCCCACUCCUCCCCUCUUCUCUCCCACUCCCCCCCCUCUGCUCUCGCACUCCCCCCUCUGCUCUCCCACUCCUCCCCUCUGCUCUUCCACUCCUCCCCUCUGCUCUCCCACUCCUCCCCUCUGCUCUCGCACUCCCCCCCUCUGCUCUCGCACUCCCCCCUCUGCUCUCGCACUCCCCCCUCUGCUCUCGCACUCCUCCCCUCUGCUCUCGCACUCCUCCCCUCUGCUCUCGCACUCCUCCCCUCUGCUCUCGCACUCCCCCCUCUGCUCUCGCACUCCUCCCCUCUGCUCUCGCACUCCUCCCCUCUGCUCUCGCACUCCUCCCCUCCGCUCUCGCAUUCCCCCCUCUGCUCUCCCACUCCUCCCCUCUGCUCUCGCACUCCUCCUCUCUGCUCUCGCACUCCUCCUCUCUGCUCUCGCACUCCUCCUCUCUGCUCUCCCACUCCUCCCCUCUGCUCUCGCGCUCCUCCCCUCUGCUCUCGCACUCGUCCCCUCUGCUCUCGCACUCCUCCCCUCUGCUCUCGCACUCCCCCCUCUGCUCUCCCACUCCUCCCCUCUGCUCUCGCACUCCUCCUCUCUGCUCUCGCACUCCUCCUCUCUGCUCUCGCACUCCUCCUCUCUGCUCUCCCACUCCUCCCCUCUGCUCUCGCACUCCUCCUCUCUGCUCUCGCACUCCCCCCUGUGCUCUCCCACUCCCCCCUUCUGCUCUCGCACUCCCCCCUCUGCUCUCCCACUCCUCCCCUCUGCUCUCCCACUCCUCCCCUCUGCUCUCGCACUCCUCCUCUCUGCUCUCCCACUCCUCCCCUCUGCUCUCGCACUCCUCCUCUCUGCUCUCGCACUCCCCCCUCUGCUCUCCCACUCCCCCCCUCUGCUCUCGCACUCCCCCCUCUGCUCUCCCACUCCUCCCCUCUGCUCUCCCACUCCUCCCCUCUGCUCUCCCACUCCUCCCCUCUGCUCUCGCACUCCUCCCUUCUGCUCUCGCACUCCCCCCUCUGCUCUCGCACUCCCCCCUCUGCUCUCGCACUCCUCCCCUCUGCUCUCGCACUCCUCCCCUCUGCUCUCGCACUCCUCCCCUCUGCUCUCGCACUCCCCUCUCUGCUCUCCCACUCCUCCCCUCUGCUCUCCCACUCCCCCCCUCUGCUCUCGCACUCCCCCCUCUGCUCUCCCACUCUCCCCCUCUGCUCUCGCACUCCCCCCUCUGCUCUCCCACUCCUCCUCUCUGCUCUCGCACUCCUCUCUGCUCUCGCACUCCUCCCUCUGCUCUCGCACUCCUCCUCUCUGCUCUCGCACUCCUCCUCUCUGCUCUCGCACUCCUCCCCUCUGCUCUCGCACUCCUCCCCUCUGCUCUCGCACUCCUCCCCUCUGCUCUCGCACUCCUCCCCUCUGCUCUCGCACUCCUCCCCUCUGCUCUCGCACUCCCCUCUCUGCUCUCCCACUCCUCCCCUCUGCUCUCGCACUCCUCCCCUCUGCUCUCGCACUCCUCCCCUCUGCUCUCCCACUCCCCCCCUCUGCUCUCGCACUCCCCCCUCUGCUCUCCCACUCCUCCUCUCUGCUCUCCCACUCCUCCCCUCUGCUCUCGCACUCCUCCUCUCCGCUCUCGCACUCCCCCCUCUGCUCUCCCACUCCUCCCCUCUGCUCUCGCACUCCUCCUCUCUGCUCUCGCACUCCUCCUCUCUGCUCUCGCACUCCUCCUCUCUGCUCUCCCACUCCUCCCCUCUGCUCUCGCGCUCCUCCCCUCUGCUCUCGCACUCGUCCCCUCUGCUCUCGCACUCCUCCCCUCUGCUCUCGCACUCCCCCCUCUGCUCUCCCACUCCUCCCCUCUGCUCUCGCACUCCUCCUCUCUGCUCUCGCACUCCUCCUCUCUGCUCUCGCACUCCUCCUCUCUGCUCUCCCACUCCUCCCCUCUGCUCUCGCACUCCUCCUCUCUGCUCUCGCACUCCCCCCUGUGCUCUCCCACUCCCCCCUUCUGCUGUCGCACUCCCCCCUCUGCUCUCCCACUCCUCCCCUCUGCUCUCCCACUCCUCCCCUCUGCUCUCGCACUCCUCCUCUCUGCUCUCGCACUCCCCCCUCUGCUCUCCCACUCCUCCUCUCUGCUCUCGCACUCCUCUCUGCUCUCGCACUCCUCCUCUCUGCUCUCGCACUCCUCCUCUCUGCUUUCGCACUCCUCCCCUCUGCUCUCGCACUCCUCCUCUCUGCUCUCGCACUCCUCUCUGCUCUCGCACUCCUCCUCUCUGCUCUCCCACUCCUCCCCUCUGCUCUCGCGCUCCUCCCCUCUGCUCUCGCACUCCUCCCCUCUGCUCUCGCACUCCUCCCCUCUGCUCUCGCACUCCUCCCCUCUGCUCUCGCACUCCUCCCCUCUGCUCUCGCACUCCCCCCUCUGCUCUCCCACUCCUCCCCUCUGCUCUCGCACUCCUCCUCUCUGCUCUUGCACUCCUCCUCUCUGCUCUGGCACUCCUCCCCUCUGCUCUCGCACUCCUCCCCUCUGCUCUCGCACUCCUCCCCUCUGCUCUCGCACUCCUCCCCUCCGCUCUCGCACUCCCCCCUCUGCUCUCCCACUCCUCCCCUCUGCUCUCGCACUCCUCCUCUCUGCUCUCGCACUCCUCCUCUCUGCUCUCGCACUCCUCCUCUCUGCUCUCCCACUCCUCCCCUCUGCUCUCGCGCUCCUCCCCUCUGCUCUCGCACUCGUCCCCUCUGCUCUCGCACUCCUCCCCUCUGCUCUCGCACUCCCCCCUCUGCUCUCCCACUCCUCCCCUCUGCUCUCGCACUCCUCCUCUCUGCUCUCGCACUCCUCCUCUCUGCUCUCGCACUCCUCCUCUCUGCUCUCCCACUCCUCCCCUCUGCUCUCGCACUCCUCCUCUCUGCUCUCGCACUCCCCCCUGUGCUCUCCCACUCCCCCCUUCUGCUCUCGCACUCCCCCCUCUGCUCUCCCACUCCUCCCCUCUGCUCUCCCACUCCUCCCCUCUGCUCUCGCACUCCUCCUCUCUGCUCUCGCACUCCCCCCUCUGCUCUCCCACUCCUCCUCUCUGCUCUCGCACUCCUCUCUGCUCUCGCACUCCUCCUCUCUGCUCUCGCACUCCUCCUCUCUGCUUUCGCACUCCUCCCCACUGCUCUCGCACUACUCUUCUCUGCUCUCGCACUCCUCUCUGCUCUCGCACUCCUCCUCUCUGCUCUCCCACUCCUCCCCUCUGCUCUCGCGCUCCUCCCCUCUGCUCUCGCACUCCUCCCCUCUGCUCUCGCACUCCUCCCCUCUGCUCUCGCACUCCUCCCCUCUGCUCUCGCACUCCUCCCCUCUGCUCUCGCACUCCCCCCUCUGCUCUCCCACUCCUUCCCUCUGCUCUCGCACUCCUCCUCUCUGCUCUUGCACUCCUCCUCUCUGCUCUGGCACUCCUCCUCUCUGCUCUCCCACUCCUCCCCUCUGCUCUCGCACUCCUCCUCUCUGCUCUCGCACUCCCCCCUCUGCUCUCCCACUCCCCCCCUCUGCUCUCGCACUCCCCCCUCUGCUCUCCCACUCCUCCCCUCUUCUCUCCCACUCCCCCCCUCUGCUCUCGCACUCCCCCCUCUGCUCUCCCACUCCUCCCCUUUGCUCUUCCACUCCUCCCCUCUGCUCUCCCACUCCUCCCCUCUGCUCUCGCACUCCCCCCCUCUGCUCUCGCACUCCCCCCUCUGCUCUCGCACUCCCCCCUCUGCUCUCGCACUCCUCCCCUCUGCUCUCGCACUCCUCCCCUCUGCUCUCGCACUCCUCCCCUCUGCUCUCGCACUCCCCCCUCUGCUCUCGCACUCCUCCCCUCUGCUCUCGCACUCCUCCCCUCCGCUCUCGCACUCCUCCCCUCCGCUCUCGCACUCCCCCCUCUGCUCUCCCACUCCUCCCCUCUGCUCUCGCACUCCUCCUCUCUGCUCUCGCACUCCUCCUCUCUGCUCUCGCACUCCUCCUCUCUGCUCUCCCACUCCUCCCCUCUGCUCUCGCGCUCCUCCCCUCUGCUCUCGCACUCGUCCCCUCUGCUCUCGCACUCCUCCCCUCUGGUCUCGCACUCCCCCCUCUGCUCUCCCACUCCUCCCCUCUGCUCUCGCACUCCUCCUCUCUGCUCUCGCACUCCUCCUCUCUGCUCUGGCACUCCUCCCCUCUGCUCUCGCACUCCUCCCCUCUGCUCUCGCACUCCUCCCCUCCGCUCUCGCACUCCUCCCCUCCGCUCUCGCACUCCCCCCUCUGCUCUCCCACUCCUCCCCUCUGCUCUCGCACUCCUCCUCUCUGCUCUCGCACUCCUCCUCUCUGCUCUCGCACUCCUCCUCUCUGCUCUCCCACUCCUCCCCUCUGCUCUCGCACUCCUCCUCUCUGCUCUCGCACUUCCCCCUGUGCUCUCCCACUCCCCCCUUCUGCUCUCGCACUCCCCCCUCUGCUCUCCCACUCCUCCCCUCUGCUCUCCCACUCCUCCCCACUCCUCCUCUCUGCUCUCGCACUCCCCCCUCUGCUCUCCCACUCCCCCCCUCUGCUCUCGCACUCCCCCCUCUGCUCUCCCACUCCCCCCCUCUGCUCUCGCACUCCCCCCUCUGCUCUCCCACUCCUCCCCUCUGCUCUCCCACUCCUCCCCUCUGCUCUCCCACUCCUCCCCUCUGCUCUCGCACUCCUCCCUUCUGCUCUCGCACUCCCCCCUCUGCUCUCGCACUCCCCCCUCUGCUCUCGCACUCCUCCCCUCUGCUCUCGCACUCCUCCCCUCUGCUCUCGCACUCCUCCCCUCUGCUCUCGCACUCCUCCUCUCUGCUCUCGCACUCCUCCUCUCUGCUUUCGCACUCCUCCCCUCUGCUCUCGCACUCCUCCUCUCUGCUCUCGCACUCCUCUCUGCUCUCGCACUCCUCCUCUCUGCUCUCCCACUCCUCCCCUCUGCUCUCGCGCUCCUCCCCUCUGCUCUCGCACUCCUCCCCUCUGCUCUCGCACUCCUCCCCUCUGCUCUCGCACUCCUCCCCUCUGCUCUCGCACUCCUCCCCUCUGCUCUCGCACUCCCCCCUCUGCUCUCCCACUCCUCCCCUCUGCUCUCGCACUCCUCCUCUCUGCUCUUGCACUCCUCCUCUCUGCUCUGGCACUCCUCCCCUCUGCUCUCGCACUCCUCCCCUCUGCUCUCGCACUCCUCCCCUCUGCUCUCGCACUCCUCCCCUCCGCUCUCGCACUCCCCCCUCUGCUCUCCCACUCCUCCCCUCUGCUCUCGCACUCCUCCUCUCUGCUCUCGCACUCCUCCUCUCUGCUCUCGCACUCCUCCUCUCUGCUCUCCCACUCCUCCCCUCUGCUCUCGCGCUCCUCCCCUCUGCUCUCGCACUCGUCCCCUCUGCUCUCGCACUCCUCCCCUCUGCUCUCGCACUCCCCCCUCUGCUCUCCCACUCCUCCCCUCUGCUCUCGCACUCCUCCUCUCUGCUCUCGCACUCCUCCUCUCUGCUCUCGCACUCCUCCUCUCUGCUCUCCCACUCCUCCCCUCUGCUCUCGCACUCCUCCUCUCUGCUCUCGCACUCCCCCCUGUGCUCUCCCACUCCCCCCUUCUGCUCUCGCACUCCCCCCUCUGCUCUCCCACUCCUCCCCUCUGCUCUCCCACUCCUCCCCUCUGCUCUCGCACUCCUCCUCUCUGCUCUCGCACUCCCCCCUCUGCUCUCCCACUCCUCCUCUCUGCUCUCGCACUCCUCUCUGCUCUCGCACUCCUCCUCUCUGCUCUCGCACUCCUCCUCUCUGCUUUCGCACUCCUCCCCACUGCUCUCGCACUACUCUUCUCUGCUCUCGCACUCCUCUCUGCUCUCGCACUCCUCCUCUCUGCUCUCCCACUCCUCCCCUCUGCUCUCGCGCUCCUCCCCUCUGCUCUCGCACUCCUCCCCUCUGCUCUCGCACUCCUCCCCUCUGCUCUCGCACUCCUCCCCUCUGCUCUCGCACUCCUCCCCUCUGCUCUCGCACUCCCCCCUCUGCUCUCCCACUCCUUCCCUCUGCUCUCGCACUCCUCCUCUCUGCUCUUGCACUCCUCCUCUCUGCUCUGGCACUCCUCCUCUCUGCUCUCCCACUCCUCCCCUCUGCUCUCGCACUCCUCCUCUCUGCUCUCGCACUCCCCCCUCUGCUCUCCCACUCCCCCCCUCUGCUCUCGCACUCCCCCCUCUGCUCUCCCACUCCUCCCCUCUUCUCUCCCACUCCCCCCCUCUGCUCUCGCACUCCCCCCUCUGCUCUCCCACUCCUCCCCUCUGCUCUUCCACUCCUCCCCUCUGCUCUCCCACUCCUCCCCUCUGCUCUCGCACUCCCCCCCUCUGCUCUCGCACUCCCCCCUCUGCUCUCGCACUCCCCCCUCUGCUCUCGCACUCCUCCCCUCUGCUCUCGCACUCCUCCCCUCUGCUCUCGCACUCCUCCCCUCUGCUCUCGCACUCCCCCCUCUGCUCUCGCACUCCUCCCCUCUGCUCUCGCACUCCUCCCCUCCGCUCUCGCACUCCUCCCCUCCGCUCUCGCACUCCCCCCUCUGCUCUCCCACUCCUCCCCUCUGCUCUCGCACUCCUCCUCUCUGCUCUCGCACUCCUCCUCUCUGCUCUCGCACUCCUCCUCUCUGCUCUCCCACUCCUCCCCUCUGCUCUCGCGCUCCUCCCCUCUGCUCUCGCACUCGUCCCCUCUGCUCUCGCACUCCUCCCCUCUGCUCUCGCACUCCCCCCUCUGCUCUCCCACUCCUCCCCUCUGCUCUCGCACUCCUCCUCUCUGCUCUCGCACUCCUCCUCUCUGCUCUCGCACUCCUCCUCUCUGCUCUCCCACUCCUCCCCUCUGCUCUCGCACUCCUCCUCUCUGCUCUCGCACUCCCCCCUGUGCUCUCCCACUCCCCCCUUCUGCUCUCGCACUCCCCCCUCUGCUCUCCCACUCCUCCCCUCUGCUCUCCCACUCCUCCCCACUCCUCCUCUCUGCUCUCGCACUCCCCCCUCUGCUCUCCCACUCCCCCCCUCUGCUCUCGCACUCCCCCCUCUGCUCUCCCACUCCCCCCCUCUGCUCUCGCACUCCCCCCUCUGCUCUCCCACUCCUCCCCUCUGCUCUCCCACUCCUCCCCUCUGCUCUCCCACUCCUCCCCUCUGCUCUCGCACUCCUCCCUUCUGCUCUCGCACUCCCCCCUCUGCUCUCGCACUCCCCCCUCUGCUCUCGCACUCCUCCCCUCUGCUCUCGCACUCCUCCCCUCUGCUCUCGCACUCCUCCCCUCUGCUCUCGCACUCCCCUCUCUGCUCUCCCACUCCUCCCCUCUGCUCUCCCACUCCCCCCCUCUGCUCUCGCACUCCCCCCUCUGCUCUCCCACUCCCCCCCUCUGCUCUCGCACUCCCCCCUCUGCUCUCCCACUCCUCCCCUCUGCCCUCCCACUCCUCCUCUCUGCUCUCGCACUCCUCUCUGCUCUCGCACUCCUCCCUCUGCUCUCGCACUCCUCCUCUCUGCUCUCGCACUCCUCCUCUGUGCUCUCGCACUCCUCCCCUCUGCUCUCGCACUCCUCCUCUCUGCUCUCGCACUCCUCCUCUCUGCUCUCGCACCCCUCCUCUCUGCUCUCGCACUCCUCCUCUCUGCUCUCGCACUCCUCCUCUCUGCUCUCGCACUCCUCCCCUCUGCUCUCGCACUCCUCUCUGCUCUCGCACUCCUCCUCUCUGCUCUCGCACUCCUCCUCUCUGCUUUCGCACUCCUCCUCUCUGCUCUCGCACUCCUCCCCUCUGCUCUUGCACUCCUCCUCUCUGCUCUCGCACUCCUCCUCUCUGCUCUCGCACUCCUCUCUGCUCUCGCACUCCUCUCUGCUCUCGCACUCCUCUCUGCUCUCGCACUCCUCCUCUCUGCUCUCGCACUCCUCCUCUCUGCUCUCGCACUCCUCCUCUCUGCUCUCGCACUCCUCCUCUCUGCUCUCGCACUCCUCCUCUCUGCUCUCGCACUCCUCCUCUCUGCUCUCGCACUCCUCCUCUCUGCUCUCGCACUCCUCUCUGCUCUCGCACUCCUCCUCUCUGCUCUCGCACUCCUCCUCUCUGCUCUCGCACUCCUCCUCUCUGCUCUCGCACUCCUCCUCUCUGCUCUCGCACUCCUCCUCUCUGCUCUCGCACUCCUCUCUGCUCUCGCACUCCUCUCUGCUCUCGCACUCCUCCUCUCUGAUCUCGCUCUCCUCUCUGCUCUCGCACUCCUCCUCUCUGCUCUCGCACUCCUCCUCUCUGCUCUCGCACUCCUCCUCUCUGCUCUCGCACUCCUCCUCUCUGCUCUCGCACUCCUCCUCUCUGCUCUCGCACUCCUCCUCUCUGCUCUCGCACUCCUCCUCUCUGCUCUCGCACUCCUCCUCUCUGCUCUCGCACUCCUUCUCUCUGCUCUCGCACUCCUCCUCUCUGCUCUCGCACUCCUCCUCUCUGCUCUCGCACUCCUCCUCUCUGCUCUCGCACUCCUCCUCUCUGCUCUCGCACUCCUCCUCUCUACUCUCGCACUCCUCCUCUCUGCUCUCGUACUCCUCCUCUCUGCUCUCGCACUCCUCCUCUCUGCUCUCGCACUCCUCCUCUCUGCUCUCGCACUCCUCCUCUCUGCUCUCGCACUCCUCCUCUCUGCUCUCGCACUCCUCCUCUCUGCUCUCGCGCUCCUCCUCUCUGCUCUCGCACUCCUCCUCUCUGGUCUCGCACUACUCCUCUCUGCUCUCGCACUCCUCCUCUCUGCUCUCGCACUCCUCCCCUCUGCUCUCGCACUCCUCCUCUCUGCUCUCGCACUCCUCCUCUCUGCUCUCGCACUCCUCGUCUCUGCUCUCGCACUCCUCGUCUCUGCUCUCGCACUCCUCCUCUCUGCUCUCGCACUCCUCUCUGCUCUCGCACUCCUCUCUGCUCUCGCACUCCUCCUCUCUGCUCUCGCACUCCUCCUCUCUGCUCCCGCACUCCUCCUCUCUGCUCUCGCACUCCUCCUCUCUGCUCUUGCACUCCUCCUCUCUGCUCUCGCACUCCUCCUCUCUGCUCUCGCACUCCUCCUCUCUGCUCUCGCACUCCUCCUCUCUGCUCUCGCACUCCUCCUCUCUGCUCUCGCACUCCUCCUCUCUGCUCUCGCACUCCUCCUCUCUGCUCUCGCUCUCCUCUCUGCUCUCGCACUCCUCCUCUCUGCUCUCGCACUCCUCCUCUCUGCUCUCGCACUCCUCCUCUCUGCUCUCGCACUCCUCCUCUCUGCUCUCGCACUCCUCCUCUCUGCUCUCGCACUCCUCCUCUCUGCUCUCGCACUCCUCCUCUCUGCUCUCGCACUCCUCCUCUCUGCUCUCGCACUCCUCCCUCUGCUCUCCCACUCCUCCUCUCUUCUCUCGCACUCCUCUCUGCUCUCGCACUCCUCCUCUCUGCUCUCGCACUCCUCCUCUCUGCUCUCGCACUCCUCCUCUCUGCUCUCGCACUCCUCCUCUCUGCUCUCGCACUCCUCCUCUCUGCUCUCGCACUCCUCCUCUCUGCUCUCGCACUCCUCUCUGCUCUCCCACUCCUCCCCUCUGCUCUCGCACUCCUCCCCUCUUCUCUCGCACUCCUCCUCUCUGCUCUCGCUCUCCUCCUCUCUGCUCUCGCACUCCUCCUCUCUGCUCUCGCACUCCUCCUCUCUGCUCUCGCACUCCUCCUCUCUGCUCUCGCACUCCUCCUCUCUGCUCUCGCACUCCUCCUCUCUGCUCUCGCACUCCUCCCCUCUGCUCUCGCACUCCUCCUCUCUGCUCUCGCACUCCUCCUCUCUGCUCUCGCACUCCUCGUCUCUGCUCUCGCACUCCUCUUCUCUGCUCUCGCACUCGUCCUCUCUGCUCUCGCACUCCUCCUCUCUGCUCUCGCACUCCUCCUCUCUGCUCUCGCACUCCUCCUCUCUGCUCUCGCACUCCUCCUCUCUGCUCUCGCACUCCUCCUCUCUGCUCUCGCACUCCUCCUCUCUGCUCUCGCACUCCUCUCUGCUCUCGCACUCCUCCUCUCUGCUCUCGCACUCCUCCUCUCUGCUCUCGCACUCCUCCCCUCUGCUCUCGCACUCCUCCUCUCUGCUCUCGCACUCCUCCUCUCUGCUCUCGCACUCCUCCUCUCUGCUCUCGCACUCCUCCUCUCUGCUCUCGCACUCCUCCUCUCUGCUCUCGCACUCCUCUCUGCUCUCGCACUCCUCUCUGCUCUCGCACUCCUCCUCUCUGCUCUUGCACUCCUCCUCUCUGCCCUCGCACUCCUCCUCUCUGCUCUCGCACUCCUCCUCUCUGCUCUCGCACUCCUCCUCUCUGCUCUCGCACUCCUCCUCUCUGCUCUCGCACUCCUCCUCUCUGCUCUCGCACUCCUCCUCUCUGCUCUCGCACUCCUCCUCUCUGCUCUCGCACUCCUCUCUGCCCUCGCACUCCUCCUCUCUGCUCUCGCACUCCUCCUCUCUGCUCUCGCACUCCUCCCCUCUGCUCUCGCACUCCUCCUCUCUGCUCUCGCACUCCUCCUCUCUGCUCUCGCACUCCUCCUCUCUGCUCUCGCACUCCUCCUCUCUGCUCUCGCACUCCUCCUCUCUGCUCUCGCACUCCUCUCUGCUCUCGCACUCCUCCUCUCUGCUCUUGCACUCCUCCUCUCUGCCCUCGCACUCCUCCUCUCUGCUCUCGCACUCCUCCUCUCUGCUCUCGCACUCCUCCUCUCUGCUCUCGCACUCCUCCUCUCUGCUCUCGCACUCCUCCUCUCUGCUCUCGCACUCCUCCUCUCUGCUCUCGCACUCCUCUCUGCUCUCGCACUCCUCUCUGCUCUCGCACUCCUCCUCUCUGCUCUCGCACUCCUCCUCUCUGCUCUCGCACUCCUCCUCUCUGCUCUCGCACUCCUCCUCUCUGCUCUCGCACUCCUCCUCUCUGCUCUCCCAUCCCCCCCCUCUCCCCCAUCAUGACUUCUCUGGUCGGGACUCACACGAGUGCCUCAAGGGGCAGUGGAUUCACUUUUUCGGCGACCAGACCUCUCGAACCCUCUCGAGUCCCUGUCUCUCUUCUCUCCCCUAACCCUGCCUGCUCUCCCACUCGCCCCGCUCUCAUACUCGCCCCUCUAUUCCCAAUCAGUGACCUCUCUGGUCGGGACUUACACGAGUACCUCAAGGGGCAGUGGAUUCACCUAUUCGGCGACCAGACCUCUCGAACUCUCUCCACCUUCUUUGAUCCAACCUGUGUUCCCUCCUCUCUCCCCUCCCUCACACCUUACCACACCACUCCCCACCACACCUCACCGCACAGUGACUUUUCAGGCCGUGAGAUGUUCGAGUGCCUCAAGGGGCAGUGGAUCCAUUUUUUCGGCGACCAGACCUCUCGAACCCUCUCCACCUUCUUUGCCAAGAAGAUGCGAAUAAAAAAGGUCGGCAUCAAACCUCCAGAGGAAUUAAAGCCCCCUUCCCCAUCUUCCUCCUCUGCUUCACCCUCCUCCUCCUCUGCCUCCUCCUCCUCCUCCUCCUCCUCCUCCUCCUCCUCCUCCUCCUCCUCCUCCUCCUCCUCCUCCUCCUCCUCCUCCUCCUCCUCCUCCUCCUCCUCCUCCUCCUCCUCCUCCUCUUCCUCCUCCUCUCCCACUCCCACCGUGGAUGAAGGUAGAGCUCUUAUCCAGAAGGAUGAUCGAAGCUCUUAUAACAGAAGAAGGCUUGCUUAUAACGAGGACAAUACUGCCAGCGAAGGCACUAGCAGCAGCAGCAACUCUAUCGAAGGCUCUUCUAGUGAGAACAUUGAUAGUGACAGUAAUGAGACAGCUAGUAACGAGGGUGACAGUACCGAGAGAGCUAGCACCGCAACUGAUGGCAGUAACGAGGGGGCUAGUAAUGAGGAUGACAAGGCAGCAGGAGGAAGAGCAAGGGGAUGGCAGCCCGUGGCAAGGAUUGCAGAUCGCCCCACUGUCUCGUACCUCUUUCGAGCAAAGAUGGCCCACCAACGCGCCCCAGCUCCAGGGGACCAACCAGAAGACGACGUUAACGACUUCUUUUUUGACGCGCUACAGGACCCUUUAGCGGAUCGGCCGGAUGUGCUUAUAAUGAGUAUGGGCGCGCACGAGGUGUUUGGGUGGUCCGGGCGGCCGCGCGUGAAGCUAAACCUGACUGUUUAUAAAGAGGAUACGGAGGAGCUGCUGGGGAAGGUGCUGGGAAGCUUCCCGGAGCAGCGGGUGAUAUGGUGGAAGGCGCAUUAUAUCCAACAAGGCAAGAUCAAGGGAGAGCAAUUGUUCAACAUUCGGAGAUACCACAGCCGCUACCAACGCCAUGCUGCCUCCCGCUUUUCUGCCAACGGGCAUUCGAUUGCAGAUUUCUAUGCGACCACCAGGAGGAGGAGCGAGGCUUGUAGAGGGGAUGGAGUGAACUAUGACUCGGAAGUGGUUUGGCAACAUGUGAAGGUCCUUGCGCAUAUGCUGUGUUACAAACAUGCUAACAAAAGAUAA